AUGCGGCCCGAGACCGGGCAACGCAUCAGCCGAUUGGUGGCGACCGCUUCAAAAAAAAUCUCCCUGAUCAACAACACGACCCCCCAAUGCUCCAGACGAUGGAGUGAAGCAAACGCAUAUCAGACAAACUGUCCUUACCAUAUUGCGCUAUCUCUCUUCGCUGCUAGGAUCGCAUUCGCUGGAAUGAGCGCAGCGCUUCGCGUACCGCUGCGGGCCUGCGCCAAUCCCGCCACGGUUAUUGGGCAACCGCUCAAAGGCUCGUUUACUGCCUGCGCAUCGUUUCAUACACACUCGAAAUCGGUCGUGCGCAACUCGCCUUUCUUGUUUGGAAAUACUGUCAAGUCAUGGAGUCCACGACAGAAUUGGGUAAAGCCGAUUUCGCCCUCUUCGCAGCGGUCGUUUGCCUCGAGAACUGCGACGCUCCUUUCCGCGGAGGCCUCGAGCUUGAAGGGUAAUGCCUCGGAAGUCAAGUCGAGCCCCGCGCAGAGGAAUUAUGUCAAGUAUUUGGUUGUGCUAGGAUUGCUUGGCGUUGGAGCGUUCGCCUUCUCGGAUAAUGUCAAGCAUAUCUAUGGUGCGGCGAGGAGAAGUGGUCGCGUGGUUGGUACUCUCGCCGUCUGUAUCAAUGACUACCGUGUCACCCUCAACCAAGCCGCCGUCGCAUCACCGGAAGACUACGAUGCCCUAAUCCGCGCAUGCCACAAGCGCUGUGCAGAGCGCACCCUGCGCGUCUUGGAGAAGAACGGGUCAAUCUUCAUCAAGCUUGGCCAGCAUCUUAGUAGCAUGGGCUACCUCCUCCCUAUCGAAUGGACCUCGACUUUCAUCCCGCUCCAGGACAAAUGCCCUGUCUCGUCGAUCGAGUCAAUUGCAGAAAUGUUUGUCACCGACACCGGCCAGACGAUCGACGAGCUAUUCAGUUCGUUUGAGCCUACACCUAUUGGUGCCGCCUCUCUUGCACAGGUGCAUAUUGCCACGCUGAGAGAAACCGGGCAGAAAGUUGCGGUCAAGGUGCAGCAUCCUGCUCUUGCGGAGUGGGUGCCGCUGGACCUGUCGUUGACUCGGUUUACGUUCUCGAUGCUCAAGCGCUUCUUCCCGGAGUAUGAUCUUGAGUGGUUGUCGAGAGAGAUGGAUUUGUCUUUGCCUGUGGAAUUGGACUUCCGUAUGGAGGCCCAGAAUGCUACCGUUGCCAGCGAGUAUUUCAAGAAGCACUCCGACGCGCCAUUGGUUAUUCCAGAAGUGAUGUGGUCUCAAAAGCGUAUCCUUGUCAUGGAGUUCAUCUCUGGCCGCCGCCCCGAUGACCUCGCUUUCCUGGACGCGAACAAUAUUGACCGCGAAGAAGUCUCCGCCGCAUUCGCCCACAUCUUCAACGAGAUGAUCUUCGGCGACGAGGCUCCGCUGCACUGCGAUCCUCAUGGCGGCAAUAUCGCUAUUCGCCCGAACCCCAAUCGCCGCCACCCCAACUUCGAUAUCAUCCUGUAUGACCAUGGUCUUUACCGCAACAUUGACCGCGAUCUGCGCCGCAACUACGCCAAGCUGUGGCUGGCUGUGAUUGAUGCUGAUGUUCCCCGGAUGCGCGAGUACGCCUACAAGGUGGCAGGUGUCACGGAUGAGCAGUUCCCACUCUUUGCCAGCGCCAUCACCGGUCGUGACUACAGUGUCCUGACCAAGAAGAACGUCGCCUCUGCACGGACUGCUGAGGAGAAGAAGGAGAUCACUGGUGCCCUGGGCGAGGGCAUGUUGCAGCAGCUAGUCGUCUUGCUCGGCCAGGUCCCUCGAAUCAUCCUGCUGAUCCUGAAAACGAACGAUUUGACCCGCAGUCUCGACGAGAACCUCCACACCCGCCAAGGGCCCUUGCGCACAUUCCUCAUUCUCGCGCGCUACGCCACCCGGACCGUCUUCGAGGAGCAAAUGCAAUCGAUUCGUGAAUCGGGAGGCAUCUUCGUGAACUUCUUCCCGUUCCUGGCCGCAUGGGCUGGGUACCUCCGUGUCGAAGUGAGACUCUCGGUCUACGAGACUGUGUUGUCGUUGAAGAGCCGUUUUGGUCUUCGGACUGGCUUCUAG